AUGAAAACAACACGUGUAGCUAUUAUUUUUUUAUCAUUAAGAUUGGCGAAUGCUUUCUGUGACAAUUGUGUUGAUGAUACCGUAGAAUUAAAUAUUGGCGAAAUUGCUUGCCCUGUCAGAGAUGUUGCUUUUGUGAAAAUAGCAAAGUAUCGGGGUUACACUGACAAUGGUGCUGAGUAUCAAAAAACUUUUUUUGCCAGCAAAUAUCUCAGAACUGACUGGUUUGGAGCCAAAGUCAAUUGCAAAGCGUUUAAUCUUGAACUAGCAACAUUUGAGACUUUGACAGAAGCACAGACUUUUCUCAAUAUGGCUUGGAAUCAUAAUUUUAUAAUGUCACAUAAUUUGACUUUUUUCCUAAUUGAUGGGAUGACCUUAACUCCCAAAUCAACGACAGAUUGGUAUUGGACUAAGAAUGGUGAAAAGAUAUCUUUUAAAAUUCCUUGGCAGCCAGAUGAACCAAACUUUGAGUUCGAAGAAGAACACUGCCUUUCAGUUUGGAUUCAAGAUGUAAAAGCUAUUGGAUUUAAUGAUUGUAAAUGUCAGAAACUGACAUGGCCAUUCAUAUGUCAAAGAAUUGAUUAUUAUAUUCCUAUACGAGCAAAUUAA